CGGUCUGAGAAAUCUGCUUCCGCUACCGGAGAUCUAUUUCCGGGUCCUGCGUGGCGGAUGAAAGAGUGACGCGGGAAGUUGCUGGGAAUUAAUCUGAUAGCACAUAUUGAUGGCUGUAGAGAAGUCGUCACUCUCACUGGAUUCCAGUGAGAGUGAUUCUGAGGAGUUGCCAACCUUUGCCUUUCUGAAGAAGGAACCGUCUUCAGCAAAGAGGAGGCAGCCUCAGAAGGAGGAGAAGAUUGUAGUGGUUGACACCUCAGAUUCUGAGGCCUGCUGUCCUCCAUCACCAAAAUUGAAAGAUCCACCACCUGUUCCAGAGACAGCUGAAACUGUCACACAAACAGAGCCAGUCAGGGUGCUAAGCAGUGGAAGUGAGGAUGAGGAAGAAUUUGUUCCCCUGGCUGAGAGACUUACUUGUAAGUUUUUGACCCACAAGCAGCUGAGCCCUGAGGACUCCAGCUCCCCAAUUAAAAGGGUUUUAGAUCAUCAAAAUAAUGCAGGAGCAUCACGUGACUGGCAAAACGAGCCCUUUACAAAGCUCCGUGAUAUUCCUCUCUGUGACACCUCAGAGAGGUGUGCAUCAAAUAACAAGGACCCUAUGGUAGACAGUCCAUGCCAUCAGCUGCCAGCCUACCAAACUACCUGCUCUGUCCAGAGCAACAGCUUGACAGUAACUAAAACAAAUGCUGAGGUGCCCCCACCUCUCAAGAGAACCAAGCAUAAUCAGAAGGUCCAGAAGAGGGGCUCACAGGGAUGCCAGCAGCAGGGACAAGCAAGCCAAAAGGAAAGCACCCAGAGGCAACAGGAAAGGAAGAAGAAGGCAGCCCUGGUUAACAGGCUGAAAGCUCAGAGGCCAGAGGAAUGCUUAAAGCAUAUCGUCGUGCUGCUGGAUCCAGUGCUCUUACAGAUGGAAGGUGGGGGCCAGCUCCUCGGAGCACUACAGUCCAUGGAGUGCUGCUGUGUGAUUGAGGCGCCGGCCGUGCCUUGCAGCAUCACGUGGAGGAGAAGGGCUGGGUCCACCGAGGCUGGAGAGGAGGGCUGGGCGGAGGAGCCCAUGGUUCUGGUGCUGCUCCUGGCAGAGGCGUUUGUGUCCAUGAUCUACAACUUCAAGCAGGGGAGUCUGGGCAGCACCGAGGAAGGGAAGGAAACGCUUCGGAGCUUUGUAACUGACAUCACAGCAAGGACAGCUGGGAAAGCUCUGUCACUGGUGAUUGUGGAUCUGGAGAAAUGCUUCAGUGCUCCGAAUCCUCCAAGGAGAAGGAAACGGGGAGUGGCAAAUGGAGAACAGGCCAAGGAGAAGAAGAAGCAGAGACAACCGGAGGCCAACACAGUGGCUGUGGUGACCAGGGUAGACAUGGAAGAGGCAUUGGUAGAUCUGCAGCUACACACAGAAGCCCAGGCUCGAAUUGUGCAGAGCUGGAAAGAGCUGGCCGACUUGGUGUGCACGUUCACAAAGGCUGUGGCUGAGGCGCCCUUCAAGAAGCUCCGAGAUCAAGCUAGUUUCUCCUUCUGCCUGGAGGGUGACUGGGCUGGAGGGGCAAAGGUGGACCGCUCUGGCAGGGGGCUUGCAGUGGUCUGGAGGAGACAGAUUCAGCAGCUCAACCGAGUCAGCCUGGAAAUGGCCAGUGCCGUUGUGGACGCCUACCCCUCCCCACAGCUCCUGAUCCAGGCUUAUAAGCGGUGUUUUUCUGAGCAAGAACGCCAGAAUUUGCUUGCAGACAUACAGGUGCGCCGUGGGGAAGGUGUGACAGCCACCUCCCGCCGUCUUGGACCAGAGCUCUCCAGGCGUAUCUACCUUCAGAUGACAGCUUUGCAGCCAGAUCUCUCUUUAGACAGUACAGACUGAUGCCAGCCCUCAGGGACAGGGAUGAAAAGCUGAUUUCCACCCCAGCCCCCUGACCUCAGAGCAUGACUACAGUGCAGGGAUUAGAAGCACCUCCUGCAGCACAAGCCUGGGUCCUGCCCACAACAGGCUUUCCUGGGUGUCGCUGUUUGCGAUAGUGUCCCUACCUGUCAACAUGGGGCAGAGGCUGAGAUGCUCAUAUUUGCCUUCCUCUCCCAGCAAGUCAACUGCCACGUACAAACCACCCCGACCCCUGCCCCAGCCAGCCCUCAAAAUACAAAGGAACAAAGACAGACCACUCAGACACGUAUUUAAUAAUUGUAAAAAUCCAAAAGAACCUCAGCGUCAAAUCUUGAGGUCACAAGUCAACUGCCCUCGGCGGGUUGCUUGACAAGGCUGGAUGUGCUCCCGCCUUCCUCCCAUCCACUGAAGCUGCCUCAAGCAGCCAAAGAACGGGGGGAGGUCUGAUCACUAUGCUGACUUCUGUAUUCUCUGAAUCUCAUUUUAUGUACUAUGUGUUUAGUUUCAAUAAAGCAUUUGUACCAGUGGCUCUGGAGCUUGGAGGAAGACUAAAGGAAUGUGUAGUGAUUCUGAGUAAGGUGUGGGCCUACGCAGCAGAGCUCUCCCUGAGGGAGAAAAGAACAAGUCUUUUCUUCCGCUCUCAGGACGGUCACAAGUGUCAGUCUUAUCCAUGGGCCACUAGUGCUGAAAAGAUGGACCCCACUCUGUCUCUGAACAUGACAGGUUCUUGCUCUGCCUGGGGAGAGGCAAGGAACUUUCAAUCGGGAGUCUUCUGUGAAUGAGCACCGUGACGGCCAUUUCUGAUCCCUUCAUCCAACUGUUGUGAAAGGAGGCAAAGGAGGCCACAGAGCAAGAAAAUGCUGAGUCUGGCAGACAAGAGAACGGACAGUUCUGCCCUCAUUCAUGCUAGUCGUUAAUGUACCACUUUUAAACCCCAUGCUGCUACUUAUUUCCCUUCAUUGUGUAGGUGUAGUUAUGUCUAGAAUCAAUUCUAAACCUCAGUCUCUUAUGAAGCUUUAGUUUUCAGGUUGCCUAUGAGGUAUUUAGUCACACCGAUUAUGUAAGAGAGCUGUCAUAGCCAAU